UAUUUUUCCCCUAAAAAUCUAAUGAGUAGAAGAGGGCCCUAAAUUGAUUUCUCUACGCUUCUUCUUCGAUCCCAAGUCUUCUGUCUAGGUUCUUCUUCACUCGCGGGAGAGAGAAGUGAUUUAACAACACUGUGAUAAUCAUCAAUCGUUUGAGGGACGCGCAGUGAAGAAGAAGAAGAAGAAGGUGAAACAGAGAAUUGAGUUGGUUAUGGUGGAAAAUUCAGCAUCUGUGCUCAGGGACAUCAUAUCAUUCUUAAUUGCUCAUGCGUCUUUCAUCGCUUACUUAUCGAUGCCCUUCAUAUUCCUCACCUACGGUUCCCAUGUUGAAGCCAGCGGCAAUUCCCAUGACAUAUUUUUCACCGGUGGAGGAAGAUUCUGGGAGAGGACGGCUGCUUCCAAUACCGGAGUAGUUGUUCUUGUCACCGCCUUGGCCGGAAUCGCAUUGGCCGCCACCGUAUUCUACACUGCUAGGGGCAAUCUUAAAUCACCAUGGUCUAACAGGAAAACAGUAAAUCCUCUAUCUCCUGAGCAAUGGAGAAGCUUUUUUACACCAGAAGGAAAGUUAGAGGAUGGUGGCAUAAAAUUUUUGAAGAAAGUUCGGAGUGCAGGUGUCGAUCCAACUAUUCGGGCAGAGGUUUGGCCUUUCCUGCUUGGAGUCUUCAACUUGAACAGUUCCAGUGAAGAAAGAGAAGUAAUAAGAAAUCAGAAAAGGAAGGAGUAUGGAAAACUGAGGAAAAGGUGCUUGAAGCUUCUAAACUGCAAUGAGGAGCUUUCUGGAUUAAAAAACAGGGAAGAUAGCAGCAGCAGGCUAAGGGAUGAAAUGAAUCACAAAGAAGACGAUGAAGAAGGAGAAGAAAUAAAUUCUCCCAACACUGAAACCGCUGUGAGUGCAAGAACUUCUCUCGAGGAAGGGAUUUCGUUUUUAGAAGAUCCCGGUUCAGCAAACAGCUCAUGUAUGAACACCCCAACAUUCCAAACCGACACCCCAACGUUCCAAUCCGACUCAUCUGACUCAGAUUCAUCAAAAGAAGCGGAGACAACUGAUACUUUCCCUUUAACUCAAAACACGGAGGACACAGACGAUGAACCCCCAUCGGUCAAAGGCAACAAGAUUGAAGAUUUUUCAACAUGGCAAAGAAUAAUCCGUCUGGACGCUAUUCGCGCAAACGGCGACUGGAUAUCGUAUUCUCCAACUAAGAUCGAAAUAAGCUUAGAAAAGGCAAACCACUUGGCCAAAGAAGUCGGGCUGAAGGACUACGACCACCUAGAGCCCUGCAGAAUCUUCCACGCGGCUCGACUAGUGGCAAUUCUCGAAGCCUACGCAAUCUUCGACCCCGAGAUCGGCUAUUGCCAGGGUAUGAGCGACUUGCUUUCCCCGAUGAUCGCCGUGAUAUUGAACGACCACGAGGCGUUCUGGUGCUUUGUCGGUUUCAUGAAGAAGGCUAGGCAUAAUUUCAGGCUGGACGAGGUGGGUAUAAGGAGGCAACUGAAUAUUGUGUCGAGAAUUAUCAGAUUCAAGGACUCCCAUCUGUACCGUCAUCUGGAAAUGCUUCAGGCCGGGGAUUGCUUCUUCGUUUACAGAAUGGUGGUGGUGUUGUUCAGAAGAGAGCUGACAUUCGAACAGACUUUAUGCCUGUGGGAGGUAAUGUGGGCAGAUCAAGCUGCCAUUCGUUCUGGAAUCGGGAAAACAGCAUGGAGCAGAAUAAGGCUGCGUGCACCGCCGACGGAUGAUUUAUUACUGUACGCGAUUGCUGCUUCUGUGUUGCAGAGGAGGAAGAAGAUCAUACAGAAGUACAGUGGGAUGGAUGAAAUUCUUAGGGAAUGCAAUAGCAUGGCCGGACAAUUGGACGUGUGGAAGCUUCUAGACGACGCCCACGAUCUGGUAAUGAAUCUUCACAAUAAGAUAGAGACGCCCCUAUAAAGGUAGGUUGCCGCCUUGUUUUUCUAUGUUGCUGCUGGAGUUAUUUUUUGUUUUGUUUUUUUUUACUUUGUGCAACAACAAUUUGAAGAGAACUAAUUGACUUAAAAAAUCUCUCCUGUAAAACCAUGUUAGAUCUCCUCCCCCAAAAGGAGUAAUAUAUAUAAUUGAAUUUGGUA